UAACAAAGACAACUUCCUAAGUGCAUUUAAAUUGAAUCAUCACUUUACUUCAUAUAGAGAUGUGUACGGAAAUACAAUAUUUCAUUUAUUUGUAAAGCAAUUCCAUCUCUGGCAUCUCAAGUGUACUAGCAAUUCAGACGGAAAUAUAUGGCCACUUACUCGGAAAAAGCGAGGCGAGUUUUCAUAUUAUCUUACGAUACAAAACAUGUUUGGACAAACACCCUUGCACAUUGCAGCAAGAAAAAAUCAAAAGACCCUCGAAUUAAUAUUUUCAGAAUUUGGCGAAGACUUACAACAGCCAGGUUUGUUACUUUGUGAUGAAUACGGAAACACGUUUCUCCAUACUUUGAUCAAUUCACAUUUUUCAAGGGAAGAAUUUCAAGGUGAAAAGAUUGAUAUUUCAUUAUUGAAAAGUAUUUUGGAAAAUAAAUACAAAAACUGUCCCCCUGAAACAAGGAAAGCCAUCUUGGAAUCUAAGAACAGAGUUGGCAAUACACCUCUUCAUCUUGUCUUUCAAGAUUGUCUUGAUUCUGAGUACGCUAGAACUGUAUUUGAACUGUUUUUAAAGGCUGGGACAAAUAUAAACUCUAGAAACAGCUUAGGAGAAACUGUUUUGCAUUUUCUGAUGGUUGUGUAUUGGUCCUAUCAUGAAUUGGCAAAAAUCGCAGUAAAAAGAGGUUCGAAAGUAAACGUUCGAAGUAUAUUUGGAGAGUCAGAGAUUUUCAUUGUUCCAUUACAUGAUUUGCCUUACACGGAAAGCACGAUUUCUGACACAGAUUAUUUACAAUUUCUAAAAGUAUCAGGAAGUGAUACUAAUACGUGUAACAGAAUUGGACAAACAGCGGUCAUGUUACAUUUUAAAGACAUAUUUUUUAAUUUAAACUCUUUAAAUAAAGUUUUUGACAAUAAGAUGAUCAUCGUAAACAGGAACAAUUUUUGGGAGUAUUUUAUUACCACUAACAUAGCUGGAAAAGCAAGGGACACUCCGAGAGCUAUCAUCAACACAUGUACUUCAUAG